GUUUCUUCCGGUUGAGUGAAACGUGAAAUUGCCAUUACCGUAACUCACCAAGCUCUGUUAUUUCUUCCUUCCGAAGUUUAAUCAACACAAUAAUGGCUGCCAAUUUCUGGACCUCAUCUCACUACAAACAGCUUCUGGAUCCUGAAGAGGUGAAUGUUGUGCAUCCACUUGAUAAGGAGAGAGGCAUCACUCUUGAGGAUUGCAAGCUCAUCAAGCUCCAUAUGUCCAAUUACAUUGCAAGAUUGGCUCAAACUGUCACGUUAAGGCAAAGGGUUGUAGCUACUGCCAUUUCAUACAUGAGACGUGUUUAUGUCAGAAAAAGUAUGACAGAAUAUGAUCCUCGUCUGGUUGCACCAGCCUGCUUAUACUUGGCAUCAAAAGCAGAAGAGUGCACAGUGCAGGCUAGACUACUUGUUUUUUACAUCAGGAAAUUAUGUAAACAAUUAAAUAUCCUAACACCCAAUUUACACCUUUUCUCCCUUUCUACUCCUUAUAUGCUACUAACAUGCCAUAAUAUUUCUCCAGAUUCAGAUGAUAAGUAUAGGUAUGAAAUAAAAGACAUCCUAGAAAUGGAAAUGAAAGUUUUGGAAGCCCUGAAUUAUUACUUGGUUGUAUUCCAUCCAUACCGGUGCCUAUCACAGUUACUUCAGGAUGCUGGCAUGAAUGAUGCAACUCAUCUGACUUGGGGAAUUGUGAACGAUACAUAUAAGAUGGAUCUAAUUCUUGUACACCCACCACACUUGAUAGCAUUAGCAUGCAUAUACAUUGCAAGUGUGUUGAAAGACAAGGAAAUCACUUCCUGGUUUGAGGAGCUUCGAGCUGACAUGAAUGUGGUAACUUGGUACUAUCUAUUAAUCUGGGCAUUGGGGAAAUGAUGUUCUUUUUAUUAAUCACAAGGAUGGUUAACUGUUGUAUCUGAAUCCCAAUGAUUUGACAGGUAAAAAACAUAGCAAUGGAGAUAUUAGAUUUUUAUGAUAGCCACAAAAUGAUCACAGAUGAAAGGGUAAACGCUGCAAUGAGCAAGCUGGUUGGAAAGUAACAUGCGCCACAAUAAGUCACUGGUCAGGUGGCUGGUCACAUGCUACACGUCUGAGACAAGAUGCAGUUGAAGAAUAAGGGCGCUAUGCUGAACCUCUAUAUCCUGCACGUCAAACAAGGACAAGAAGCAAGACAAUCCCCCCUAUUCCUGAGAGAUAACACCUAGAAAUAUAGCCUGGUAAGUUCAUCUAGUAAGAUGUACUGCAUUUUGUCUGGGAGGGAGAGAUGCAAUGCUGUUCCCAUUUGUAAUUCAUGAGAACCUGGAAAACAAAAAUGAACAUUUUGACCAAGUGGAUGGAACCUGCACCAAUAGGUGGUCCAACAUGAGAAACAAUAAAUUCCUGGAAUUGUGAUCUAACUGAAGCAUGUUGGGUUUAGUAUUAUGAUAGUAAUUCUGUAUGCUUGAAUUACAAUUUACAAGUACUUGUUUUUUUCCUUGUUA